AUGCCCCACACGGCCAAGGGUCCCAAGCUGUUCUCAAUGGCAUUCUUCCUCGCUCUCGUUGCUUGUGGAGUGCCCGUUGCCCUUGCCGUCCUGCUGCCAGUGCCGCCAGUGGUGAGCUCCGAGAAUGGCAUGCUGGACAUCGUCCUAACGUUGGAUCGUGCAACGGUCACCACAUCCUCAGGCAUCACGAUGAAGACGAGGGCCUACAAUGGGACAGUGCCGGGGCCAACGAUCCGGGUGCGACCGGGUGAUGACCUUCGGGUGCACUUCAAGAACUUGCUGCCGGACCAGGGAAGCUCAUACGUACACAAUGAGUUCUCAGCUGCCGACGAGUCUAACGUGCACUUUCAUGGGCUUUAUGUGAGUGGAGAGCUUCCUUCAGACGAUGCCACCGUGACAGUUCUGCCAGGCGAAGACAGAGUGUACGUGACAUCCAUAUCUUCGGAUCACAUGCCUGGAACGCACUGGCUGCACCCUCAUCGGCAUGGCUCCACUGCACUGCAGGUCGGCGGGGGCGCGGCGUCGGCGCUGAUUGUGGAGGACCCUCCAGGAACUUUGCCAUCUGAGGUGGAGGGAGCGCCUGAAGUGAUCCUGAUGGUCAUGCAGAUGGACUUGCAAGAACUUGAGAGAAUUGCAUCAAGGUCGCGGGACUCCUGGUUUGGGGUGGCGGGUGGCACCAUAACAACAUUGGUGAACGGCGAGAUCAAGCCGAGUAUUCCUGUGGCUGCAGGCGAGUGGACGCGCUUCAGAGUAGUAUACGCUGGGUGGCUGGCCGAGGAGUUGUCGUUCCAGAUCAUUGGAUGUGAGAUGGCGCUCCUUGCAAAGGACGGUGUGUACAUUCGAGACUUUCCUCGAAUGUUGCUUGGCUCUGCAUCCAUAGCCGUUGGGGGCAGAGCUGACCUCAUGGUGCGCUGUCCCAGUGUAAGCUCAGAGUACCAGGUCACAUGGGCAGGCGACCUCCUUGCAACGGUGACCACUGGAGCCGAACAGAAGCCUUCGGUUGAUCUUGAGCCGUGGAGCCCAACAUACCCAGCAUAUCUUGAAAGUCUUCUAAACACGGAGGCAUCCUUGGGUUGCUCCUGUGUCACGAAGUUGGAUCGCCGUGAUGUGAAUGGCCGCCGUUUUGAGAAGGAGGACAUUCUGCAUCAGAGCUAUCUGGGUGCAGUGGUUGAGCGCGAGAUCAGCGCCAGAGAGCAUCCUUACCACCAGCAUGUCUACCCAUUCCAGAUCAUCUCGGGCUUUGGCGCAGGCGACAAUGACAGACGCGGCAGUGGCAACAUUGAUGCCAACUACUUUCUGGCCGGUGACUGGCACGACACCAUCGAGGGGGCUGGCGUUCUCAGGUACAAAGCCAUGCGUUUUACCGGAAAGGUCAUGCUCCAUUGCCAUCGGUUGGACCACGAGGACGUGGGGAUGAUGGCCGUUGAAAUCGUCAACGACUCCGGUCCUUGUGUGUGUGGCGCAGUUCCACUGGAAGGGUGGGAAAUUGCAAUCGUCGUCGGGGCCUCCAUCGUCGGAGCUUGCCUGGUAAGCCUUGGAGUCAUCUUAGUAUACAACAGGAUGCAACAUGGCUCAUGGAGCAUGUGCUGUGGUAAGCGUGCAGCGAACGUACUACCGGCGUGA